UCCGUUUGUCCCCGACCGACUCAGUUAAAACCAAGGACCUUUAAAUCGUCACCAUUACAACAGGAAACGGACAAACUUGUCUCCAUUUUACAGCCAUUUCUACUUAUUCUCAUUUCAGCAGACUUUAAUAAGCCCCAAUCACGUGUACCUGGUACUCAGCCGUGUGUGGUUAUUCUUUGUACCAUGUGCACAACCAUGGAACCAAAGAGUUUCCAUCUAGAGAUGAUAGACAGCACAGCCAACCAAUGGGGAUUGUUCAUGCCUCCUGUAAACAACGAUGCCUCUGAACGAUGAGCGGCCGUCCUCCACCUCCAGCAGCGACGGGGAGUCGUCGUCGGCGCGCUGCAACAGCACCACGUCGGCCAGCGACAUGGACUGCUCCCGCGAGAGCUUCACCAGCGAGGGCUCCAGCAAGCACGGCACGCCCUCCUCGAGCCCACCAAAAACACUCACCCUGGAUGAGGUCAUGGGCUCUGCACGAGACCUCUCUAAUCUCAGCUUGUUCCACGAGAUCGUCGUGAACCGCAGCUUCCACCUGGACCCGCACAGAAUACCUGAGGAGGGCUUAUGGAAAAUGGUGCGCGACAAUGUCCACAAGGCAUUCUGGGACGUCCUGGAGUCUGAACUGAAUGAUGACCCGCCUGAGUACCAUCAAGCCAUCACACUACUGGAGGAAAUCCGAGAGAUCUUACUGUCCUUCCUCAACCCGGGCGCCAACCGCAUGCGGACCCAGAUCACAGAGGUGCUGGACAUGGACCUAAUCCGCCAACAGGUGGACAACGAUGCAUUGGACAUAGCGGGCCUCGCCUCCUACAUCAUCACGGUCAUGGGCAAGCUGUGCGCCCCGGUCAGGGACGUGGAGAUCGAGAAGCUGCGGGAGAGCAGGGAGAACACAGUGCCGCUGUUCAGGCAAAUCUUCCGCAUGUUGGACCUGAUGAAGACAGACAUGGUCAACUUUACCAUUGACAACAUGAGGCCCGUGAUGCAGAAGCACAGCAUCGAAUACGAGAGGGCCAAGUUCCAGAACAUCCUGGACAAGACGCCCGGGGCCUUGGACAACACAACCGCCUGGAUCAAAGGGUCUCUUGAGGAGCUGCUGUCUAGUAGUGUGCCCCCACAGGAAACAAAUGGGCAGAGUAAAGGACAGCCAAGGGUUCCCGGACCCUUUCAGGUCCUCAAUGUGGCCUUCAUUCAGAUUCUCUUAUGGGACUACAGCCAGCACCCACUCCCGGAGACCUGGAUGACGGACGAGACGCGUCUGCGAGAGGUGCAGGGCCAGCUGAGGAAGGUCCAGGCGGUGAACGAGGUGCUGCUCAUCGUCUAUAGCACCAUCCGGGGACCCAUCCAGGGUCUGUCGCCCUUGUCGGAGCGCCUCAAGAGGAUGACGAGCGUACUGCUGGAUGACAUGCACAACACACAUUACAGCCUAGAGGAAGCGCUGGUGGGCGUCAGCGCUCAAAUCUGCAGCGAGCUGAACAAGUCAUUGGUGGAGAGGAACUACCCGACGCUGACCCCGGCACUCCAGGCCACCCUUACGGGUCAAAUCUGCAGCAUCGCCCACAAGGACAACCCUAUCCGCACUCUUGUUGAGGACCGUGUCCUACAGUACUUCACGGAGCUCAUCUGUGACCCAAAACCCCAAGCCAAACUUGAACAAACACCAGCCGGUUUGGACCCCAUCCGCACUGAGCUAGCAUCGCUGGCGGCCAAGUUUGUCUCUCUGGUCCACUACAACAAGGCCGUCUAUGGACCUUUUUAUGCCGACAUCAUCAGGAAGCUGAUGUUCAGUAGCAACCCACCAGCGGAUUCCCCUCCUCAGGACUCCGCUCAAAACCCUAUCACCUCCAACUGAACCUUGUCACCAUGCAGUCUAUUUUUGUCUUUUACUCAUCUGAACGGAGAUGAAAAAAAACAGAUUUCCAUCCUUUUAGCUCCCUGCAAGACCACGACCAAUUUAGCACUUGGAGUGGGAGUGUUAUUCACUUUUUUUAAAAAAAUAUUAUCCUUAAAUUUACUCCUUCUCAUAUUUUGAGUCAUUGGGUGGCAAAGGGGCAGGUUUGUUACAAUUCUUACAACAAAUGUAUGUAGGAGAAACAACAAGGAUAUUUCUAUAUUUAGAUGAGCAACACAGUAGCAUUUCAGAUUCUUUAUAUACUACAUUAUGACUGCUAAAGUUUUCUAUAGUCCGUUAUGGAGUGUAUGUACAGUAUAGGAAGGACAUUGUAAAGUGACACUUUAAAAAAUAUUCUAAAAGAACAUAGCACCCUCCUUAUGGAAUUUAUGUUUAAUUACUCUUCCUUUAGCUUCUUAAAGGAGCAUUUUUCAAAAAACAAAAAACAUUUGGGAUAUUUUAAUUAUUCGUCUGCAUGAAUGAUUUUCUGUGUUUAUCGUAUUUGCUUGUUUAUUUUGUUGGACAAUCUGACAGAUGUGUGUUGUCCUAUUCAGAUUGUAUUAUAUCAAUUUGGUGUGACUGAUUAGAUUUAAGUUAUCUGACCAGGUACUUUAGCUCAGGGGUGUCAAACUCAUUUUAGAUGGGGGGGCCACGUGGAGAAAAACGUACUCCCAAGUGGGCCGGACUGGUAAAAUAACGGCACGAUAACUUAAAAAUAAAGACAACUUGUGAUUGUUUUCUUUGUUUAAAAAAAUAGAACAAGAAAAUGUACAAAUCAUAAUGUUGCUAUUUUUUUUUACACUUACAUGUUGCAUUUAAUAGUAUUCUAUCUUUUUGAUUAAAUUAUGUGAUAAUGUACAUCAGUCAACUCAUUGGUGUUAAUUUUCAAUCUAUGAAGAUAAAAAAAAUCUCAAAAUCAAAUUACAGUAUGUUAUUUAUGUAGUUUCAUUAUUUUCCUCGACUGGUGCACUAACAUCAUGUGGUUUAUUUUUUAUUUUUUUUUACAUAUUUAGCAUCAUCGACAAAAAUUCAACGAAUUGCUACUGUUACAUCUAGUGGACACAUUUAGAAUAGCAGUUUCUUUCAUUCAAAAAUGCCGGCUCAUUUUUAUACUUAGCAAAUUUAUCCCGCGGGCCGGAUGAAACCUUUAUGCGGGCCUGAUCUGGCCCGUGGGACGUACGUUUGACACCCCUGCUUUAGCUGUUACAGUAUCCCUGCAUUGGCUGAUACAACCAAAAGGUGCUGAACUCUUGAGGGAUUCUGUGUCCCAUGUGGACUCAAAGAUGCACAAAGAAAAGCAAUUCCUAACUGAAGUUUACAUAAAAAUGUGGGAAGUUGUUGCUGUUUUACUCUACUGCAGUAAAUAUAAUGAAAAAAUAAAAUGAUAGAAAAUUGUG